AUGUCGAGGGCUUCCAUCGCCGAAAGCCAUGCAGUCGAUGCUGGCAUGUCGCGGGCUGCCUCCAGAGCAGGCAGCAUCUCAACUCUGUGGAGCUCUGCAGAAGUACCAUUCUGUCUAGAUCCUCGUGCCGAAUCCUCGUUCGAUAAUCUUGAUCUGCAACCCUCUCGCUGCCAAUCGAUCGCAGGUUCCAUAUCCCACAACUCGGCACGAUCUAGUCAAAUCUCGAUGGACUUUACCAGGCCCAGUAUUGACAUCCCAGACGACUACCCUCGAAGGCCCGAUACCAUUCGUCUCACUCCGCCCCGCGCUGCCCCAUCUGUUUCUGCUUCUGCUUCCAACACCAGUGCCUCUCCCAGUCGCUUACCUUCUUUCCGCAUCGGUACCAUUGACGAGGAAAUGGCAGUAAACGCUUCCUCGCCCAUCUCCCACUUUCCUUACCAGCCUCCAACUCUCGUCGCUCAGCACAAGCUUCUCUCUUCCCGUUUUUCAGAGGACACGGUCGAUGAAGAGCCUCGCAUUCCCCAUUCGGCAUCUCAAGGCACUUUCGGUCCUCGCCUCUCGGCGCCUCGCAAGUCCUCUGGCGCUUCCGACGCUUUCAACACCGACUCAUCCAGAUCCUCAUCCAUGCUGCACUCGGAUCCCUCUACGCAACCCAGAUCCCAAGCCUCCGCUCAGGCCGCCUCGGAUCUCUAUCGUCGUGCCUACCGCUUCUUUGAUAAGGAAUACACAGUGCAGCAAUCCGUGGACUCUGGACCCAUGAUCGCAUCAUCACCCGAGAACCCAAACGCUUUCGGCCAGGCAGGCCACCUUGAUCGCCCUUCUCUCAACGGUAGCGACCUUUCACACGAGGAUUCCUUGCCCUCAAGCUCUCGCUCUCGGACCUCGACGCAGGCGAGCUUCUCCGACUCGGCCUCAGCCUGGAGCACCGAAGACGCUUCCAAUCGACCUCAUGCUUGGGCGCCUGUCGUCGUCACCUCAGAGCAUUCAAAAUCCAAAGCUGACGUGACUCUGAAGCAUGCAGCCACCACACUCACUGCCGGUGGCCUGCGUGGUUCAUCAUCGAAACAACACGACGGCCUUAGCAUCCCCUCCCUUCCUUCAAUGCCCAGCUUCAAUUCGUCCUUGACCGUGACGGCUGCCAAUCACGCUAAAAACGUUCGACGUCGUCCCAGCACCGCAGACGUGUACAGUCAAGCUUCUCAGCUCUCAUCGCAGGCCAAUUCGAACCUGCCUCUGCCUGCAUUGCAGUCCUCUUACUCUUCCACCGACGCCGUUCGCUAUCAAGCACACUCCUACAUCCCACCUCCAGCAAUCUCUCCAACUUGCAAUCCGGUCUACCCCGAUAUCGUCGCCGACAUGGACAAGAAACCGACCAACACGCGGCUGUUGCGUGGCCGUGUCGCCUCAACACCCAAACUACGUCUUGAAGCCAACUCACUGUUCCCCGCCCAACAAGCUCUGCAUCUCCAACAUCCUGUUCCUCCUCUACCUGUAAAGUCGGCUCUUCGCACUGGUGACCGUCGUCCUUCUACCUCGCAGACCGACGGCCGCGAACCUUUCUUUGGCCGGCGCUUCCGCUCGCGUACUCUCGGUGAAGCAGACUGCGACCAGGCAUCCAAAGCGCAUGUCACCUUUGGCAAUGCUGUGCCACAAGCCGCACCUUUGCUUGCUUCGCCUCUCCGACCGCCUAUCCUGUCAAGCUUGUCACCUGCCGGAGCAACUUGUCUUGCUUCUCAGCGACAUCCGAGCCAAGCGUCUGCAAUCAGCUCGGAGCUCGCUUCUCCCCUCUAUGCUAUGCAGCCAACACCAGGCUCGUCUAUCUGCUCUGCCAGCUCCCCUGCUACCACGUUGAGCUCGCUUCCCGUAACUCCUCGUACUGCCAGCGCCUUUCCUUCUUCUCGCCCCAAGAGCCGUGGCAACAGCUCGGCAUCCAAGCCAGGAGGAGCAGGCUGGGCUUCGUACCUGAAUUCGGGCUUGACGCUCCACCUCGAAGGCGAUCACGGUCGCGCUUGCCAGAUAGACAUGACUUAUCUCGGCUACGAUCCCUUCGGAAGGCCAGAACAGCUGGUCGAAGGAACCGAAGAAGCUCGUGCCAUCACGCCAAAGCGACCCAAAUCGAGAGGCGACAAGGACCUAGAGGCCGAGCAGUCGGGCACGCUCGAGUUUGGUCCCAGCGAUGAGCUACCACUCGACGCCUACACGUUUGAUCUUGGACGCAAGUGGGAAGCAUCGGCACUUCUCAAACAUCUCACUGUGGGUGAGGAAACCAAGGCGGAUCUGCUAACGCGCCAGGCAGCGCUCUCGCUCAACACGCUCGGCAACCACGAGGUGGCGGGCUACGAGCGCAAAGGAAGACUUGCUUGGAAAUUUGCCUACAGUGUCGAGGCGGACGUCGCAUCUGCAGACAGACGUAGACUAGUCCCACUCAGGUUCUCGUGCUCAGCGACAUUGCUGAAUCCGGAACGUGCAAAGAAGUCGAGAUUCAUCAACUUGGUCAAGAAACAGAUGGUGCCAACCUUAGCAUCCAAGGCCAUUGUGAAUGUAGCAACACCAACAGAUUCUCCUCGAUCUGGUUCGUGCACCUACGAAGAUCGUUCGAGUACCGCAACCGCAUCUCCCGCCUCUCAACACGUUUCCAACAGGCCCGUGAUCGCUGCGUCGCAGCUGCAGCCGUACCCGCUACAGCAUUUCAGCUCGCCGGUUCGACGCAACACCGGCGACCAGAUCCGGUGCGGCGCUUACAACAGUCCGCUGCGUCAGCUCAGCCGCGCAACCAUGUCAUCCAACAGCUGUACUUCGGCCGACUCAAGUUUCUGUUCUCAGCCCACGACGCCGGGUCGCGACGCUGCUGGUUCAGAGAACUCUGCCAGGAUGCUCCUCCAGGCAUCGCCCGUCUCGGCACAAUUCGGUCAGACAGGUGCAAGUCAGCGCCAGCUCCAAACGUUGGCGAGUGGCACCACUGCCGCCGGUCCUUUACUGCAAGCCGAGCUUGGCCAGGUACAAGACAAUGCAGGCAGGAGGUUGCAAGAGAAGGCGUCCUUGGCAUCGCUCAGUGCCUCGUCAAUGAGCUCAGGCAGUGUGCACCAGGCCAAGCCCAUCAUGAUCAACGGACGCAAGCUGAUCCCCAUCAGCCUGCCUGCUGGGCUUGCGCGCAAGAGUCGCAUCGACCCUGCGCUGUUGCGUGCCAACGUAGUGGCAACUGGACCUGGUGCUACUGUUGCAGAGAGGCAGCGAAGCACCUCGAUGAAUUCGGCUGGAUCCGUUUCCGACCACAGCCACCAGCGUCGGGCACCAAAGCAGGAUGCUAACGAGGGAAUCCGAUGUCUUCUGUCGGACCAGCCUCGCGUGGGGGCUAGCUCGAGCCGACCACCCACGGCAUCGGAGACGAUCAAACGCGAAUAUCUUGCUCGCACCGCCUCGGAACAAUCGAGCCCGACAACAACAGCGCCGACGUUGCGACAUCAGAAGUCGUUUGCUGGCGCCAUCCUGACGCCUUUGUCGUUUGCCGAUGAACAGAGCCAGGCAAGGAGGCGACGCAGCAAGACCAACGAGGAUGGACGGCUGCGGCCGUUCACCGCAGAUGCAUGGGGCGAGUCGCAGUAUCCGACUCGCGAACAGCAGAUGCGUGCGCUCAGCCAACAGCAUCGACCCCCGACGGGUGGUGAGGCUACUCUGCACUCGCAAACCAUGACUGUGCCACGCGGUUUCAGAAGCGCCUUUGUGGAUGGUGAAGGCGUCAAGCCGCUUCCUGCACCACCGCGCCCGCACAACCGGCCGAGAACUGCACAGACCAUUACCGCUGCGCCCGAACAGUCGCUAUACCACGCACCUAUGCGUGCGGUGCAAGGCGUUCGAUCGUAG